GCAAAUAGCAAUUCGCUCUAUUGUUGUCUAAUUUCUGUUAGAUUAAAAAGCAACAUGGCAUCCCCCCAACAUCAGCAGCUGCUGCCUCACAACACAGAGGUGAGCUGUGACUCAAGCGGCGAGGGCAGCGUCUCCGUGAGGAUCAGCAGUAGCUUCAUGGGGGGCGGGUCCAAACACUGCAAGUACAGCAUCUCCUCUAGCUGCAGCUCGGGAGAGUCCGGGGUUCUCAGGCCCGUGGUUAAGGGGCUGCGAACCCAGAGGAAGAUGCCCCAGCUGUUCGAAAGGUCUGCUGGGCACUUCUGGGACCCAAAGUUUGACUCUCCCAUCCUGGAGGAGGCAUGUAGGGAGAGGUGCUUUCCCCAGACCCAGCGGAGGUUCCGCUACGUCCUCUUCUACCUGUUCGCCGCCAGCCUCCUCUGGGGGGUGUACUUCAGUGCCAACCCCGACCGGUGUGACCGAACUGCCUUCCUCGUCCCCACCGCCUGCUUCCUCCUCUUCUGCCUCCUCCUCUUCCUUUUGACAUUCACAAGGAUCUACGCCCGCUGCUACAACCAGGCGUCGCUGCUGCUCAUCGUGGUGACCUUUGCCCUCACCCUGGCACCACAGAUCCAGACAGCCGGCUUCAGGGACCUGGAGACCCUCCCUCCUGAGGAUGUGGUGGAGGAUGUGGGGGACUUCAGUGGCAUGGAGCCCAGGAAUGUUACCUUCAACCGGGACUUACCCACGGGCAGCGCCUGCCUAUCUCCAGUAGGGACCUUCUCCCUGGGCAUGGAGGUGCUGCUGCUACUCUACAGCGUCCUCCACGUCCGACUCUAUGCCUCGGUGCUACUGGGACUUCUCUACUCUGUGCUCUUUGAGGCUCUGGGAUGGCUUCACCUCACCCAGGCUGCUGGGGAUGGUUGGAGCCAGGCCUCGGAGGGGUCAGACUCUGACUGGGACACUCUACGCUGGCUGGGGCCAGCCAAAGCUUUGCUCCACCUGUGCGCCCACGCCAUCGGCAUCCACCUUUUCAUCAUGUCUGAGGUGCGAUCGCGAAGCACCUUCCUCAAGGUGGGCCAGGCCAUCAUGCACGGCAAGGACCUGGAGGUGGAGAAGGCGCUGAAAGAACGCAUGAUCCACUCUGUGAUGCCUCGGAGGGUGGCUGACGACCUGAUGAAGCAGGGCGACGAGGAAGGCUUGGCGGGCGGGAGCUCGGCCAAGCGCUACUCCAGCAGCGGCGCGGCGGCCGUCAUCUCCAGUCCCAAGAACAACAAGAGGAAUAAGACCUCAAUCCCGAGAGGCCAGAUCAUCUUCAGACCCUUCAACAUGAAGCGCAUGGAGCCCGUCAGCAUCCUCUUCGCGGAUAUCGUAGGCUUCACCAAGAUGUCUGCCAACAAGUCGGCCCACGCUUUGGUGGGGCUCCUCAACGACCUCUUUGGACGUUUUGACCGGCUGUGCGAGCUGACGUGCUGUGAGAAGAUAAGCACCCUCGGGGACUGCUACUACUGUGUGGCAGGCUGCCCUGAACCUCGGGCUGACCAUGCCUACUGCUGCGUAGAGAUGGGGCUGGGCAUGAUCCAAGCCAUCGAACAGUUCUGCCAGGAGAAGAGUGAGAUGGUUAACAUGAGGGUGGGUGUCCACACGGGCACUGUCCUGUGCGGUAUUCUAGGGAUGAAGCGAUUUAAGUUCGACGUGUGGUCCAACGACGUGAACCUGGCCAAUUUGAUGGAGCAACUGGGCGUGGCUGGGAAGGUGCACCUAUCAGAGGCCACCGCCAACUUCCUGGAUGACCGGUACCAGAGGGAGAACGGGCGGGUCACUGAGAGGGUUGGACAGAGCGUGGUGGCGGACCAGCUGAAAGGAUUGAAGACCUACCUGAUCUCAGGGAGGAAGGUGGAGCCGUGCCACUGUAGCUGUUCCCAGCUGGGCCUGGCUGGCCUGGAGCCUGGAGGGGACAUCCACUGUGCCACACCCUGUGCCCACACCCCAGAUGGACCCCCCAGAGCCCCCUCAGCCUGUGGCCUACCCCAGGGAGGGGCUUCCGACAGGGCCAAGUCUCCCUGUCUCUCCUGCAGUGCGGCUGUAGUUCCAGAGGAGGAUCAGGUUCUGGAGAAGGGCACGGUGCAGAACGGUUGCCAUGACGAUCACACAACCAAUAGCAGCAAGGACACCGCAUCUCUCAAAUGUCCCUCCCAGGCCCCCGUAGGCCGCAGCCCUAAGGCCCUGAACGGUCUGCUGAGCCCCAGGCUGGAGGAGCCCCUGACCAACAGCCAAACGUCCCUGUGUGAGAUGCUCCAGGAGAAGGAGAAGAAGUGGGGUGGAGGGGCCAUGGGGAUGGACCACUCUGCUCUCAUCCCCCUGCGCUCCAAGAACUUCAGAGAGAGGAGCGACGCUCACUUUGUAGAUGUUAUCAAAGAGGACAGUCUGAUGAAGGACUACUUUUUCAAGCCUCCCAUCAACAAGCUGAGCCACACCUUCCUGGACAGAACCCUGGAGUCUGCCUACAGGACUAGUUACCAGGAAGAGGUGGAGACCCAGGCAGCGGUACAGACCUUUGCCAGCCCUACCUUCAGCUCUUUCCUGGACAUGGUCCUGUGCUGCUCAGUGUUCCUGGCCCUCUCCCUGGCCUGCCUCCUCCGUCCCCUGCUCUCUCUCCCUGGGGCCCCCCUGCCUGCCCCGGCCCUCGCCCUGGUUGCCGUGGCCGCCCUGCUGGAGGCCCUGGCGCUGGUGCUGUCAAUACGGAUGGCCUUCUACCUGGACAGCGUGAUGAGCUGCACUAGGACCCUGCUGAAAGCCAUCUCUGGCUGGGUCCCCCGUCACCUGAUAGGUGCCGUGCUGGUGUCCCUGCCCGCUGUGUCCGUCUUCUCACACGUCACCUGUGACAUGCACCUCUCCAUACAGUUCACCAUGCUCACCUGCUGUGCAGUGAUCAUUGCCAUCAUCCAGUACUGUAACUUCUGCCAGCUGAGCUGCUGGAUGCGCUCGGCCAUGGCCACCGUGGUGGGACUGGUGCUGUUCGCCCUGCUCUUCAGCCCACCCUGCAGUAACCGCAGCAGUCUUGUACAUGGUCAGCCUGAGCCCGCCGCUGACCCCGUGCCCCGCCUCCAGGACCUGCUGGGCCCCGAGGUGGGAGUGGCUUUCUUCCUGCUCCUCCUGCUCGUCUGGUUCCUCAACCGCGAGUUUGAGGUCAGCUACCGCCUCCAUUACCACGGCAACGUGGAGGCCGAUCAGCACCGCAUCAAGAUCCAGAACAUGAGGGACCAAGCCGAUUGGUUGCUUAGGAACAUCAUCCCCAUCCACGUGGCAGAGCAGCUCAAAGUGACUCAGAGUUACUCCAAAAACCAUGGUAGCGUUGGCGUGAUUUUUGCCAGUAUCGUUAACUUUAGCGAGUUCUACGAGGAGAGUUACGAGGGUGGCAAAGAGUGCUACCGCGUGCUCAACGAGCUCAUCGGUGACUUUGACGAACUGCUUCGCGAGCCGCCCUUCAACAACAUCGAGAAGAUCAAGACCAUCGGCGCCACGUACAUGGCGGCGGCCGGGCUGAACGCGCAGCAGUGUGCCGAGGCGCCGCACCCGCACGGCCACCUGCGGGCGCUGUUUGACUUCGCACUGGAGAUGAUGCGCGUGGUGGAUGACUUCAACAAGAACAUGCUGGGCUUCAAGUUCAAGUUGCGCAUCGGGUUCAACCACGGCCCUUUGACCGCAGGGGUGAUCGGCACCACGAAGCUGCUCUACGACAUCUGGGGCGACACUGUGAACAUUGCCAGUCGCAUGGACACCACGGGCGUGGAGUGCCGCGUGCAGGUGAGCGAGGAGAGCUACUGCGCCCUCAGUGCCAUGGACUACAACUUCGACUACCGCGGCACAGUCAACGUCAAGGGCAAAGGUCAAAUGAAGACCUUUCUGUUCCCCAAGAGUGCAGACAGUGGUGCCCCCGUUCCCCAGUACCUGCUCUCCGUCUCGCCAGAGAUCCGGGUGCAGGUGGAUGGGAGUAUCGGGCGCUCGCCAACGGAUGAGCUCUCUAAUAUGGUGCCUAGCUCCAUGGCUGGCGUACCCAGUAUCACCAGUCCCUCGCUCAGCUCUGGGGUGUCCACAGGUCUGCUGCGGCCUGAGAGGGGGGUGGUGGAGGCUGGAGAUAGGCCAGACAGUCGGCAACAAUACUACUGUAGCCCUACUACUACAGAGACCAUCGCAGCCAGACGCUCCUCCUCGUCAUCCUACGUUGGUCUAGCCUCCCUGCCUAUCACUAGUCAAGCUGGAGCUACUUUGACAGUCCAACAACCAAAUCUACCCAUCACUAAUAAAGGUGAAACUCCUUCAACCAACGUCCAACAACCAAAUCUGCCCACCACUAGUCUAGCUGGAGCUCCUACAACAAACGUCCUCCAACAACCAAAACCUGUGGCGCCUGCCUCCCUCCAGCCUCUCUCCCCUCAGAAUGACACAGCAACUGAGUCACGGAAGCAGGUGGAAAAAGAGAAAGAGGAGAAGGACGAUGAUGACAUUAUUGGCGAGCUAACGAAACUCUAAGACUGUUAUGUCUGCGAUAGUUUUUUGCAUUAGCAUUCAGCCCUUUAAGCACGGCCUUUCUUGCAUUCCUGCCAGUUGAAGCUUAUUAUGGAACAGUCAUAUGUGACGAGAAGGAGGUAGCACCUAAAUGGCAGACUGUAAGAAACCAGUUUCUGGCUCCUCAGUUGUCAAUUCUUCUCCAGGUUCGUGCUCAUUAGGACACGCCUUUGUAAAUCUUUUUGCAACUGUAAGCGAAAAUUAGCGUUUCUUAUUGAACAAGUUCAGAUACUAGGUCUGUUUUCUUCCCGCUCAUGUCCACUGAACACGUCCGAUGUAUCUGGUGGGCACAGUAAGAGUGAAUAAGAAGAUAGGGAAAGUACGAUGGGCGCUAUUACUGAACUUAUGUUGCUAUAGAAACCCAGCCUCCUAUGAUCUACUUGAUUCUCACUAACAUCUUUAGUCUUUUUUGUUGUUGUAUGUUUUUGGCUUUUUUUUUUCUCACCUUUGUUUUUUUAUGUCUUGAUUAAGUGCCUUUAGCACAAAAUAAUGUGUAGACCAAGCUGAUCUGGACAAGGAAAGAAGAAGAAACAUAAAGGGAAAAGACAACUGGGAAAGACUUCUACACUACAAAACUGUGAACCUUAUGUACAUUUUAAGGCAAAAGCUUGGUUUCUGUCAGUUUGUUACAGUUGUCUUUGGUCUGUGUUGCUUUUAUUACUGUAGUUAAGGAGUUUACAAGAAUCGGAGCAAUAAGGAAUGUCACAGUGAAGAGUGAAUGAUGGGUUACAAAUGGGGAAGCAAGAUGGAGUCGUCUUUUCACAGUGAAUCACUUUAAAUUGUCUAAGAAAAGCACAGGCCUCGCACAGCGCUCUCAGACAAACCCACAACAAUAUCUAGAACAUCAGUCGGAAGGCUUGACUGUGUGCUUGUGUCUGUGUGCUACACUACAGUAAUAACUGCCGUCCACGGCCUCAUGUGGAGAGGUGGCUGUAAGUUGUCAUUCUGCAACUGAUGAAACCGUGGGAAGAAGGUCGGGAGUGGGAUUAAGAAAUAAUGAAAUCCCUCUUGCUGAUGUGGUAUCUGUUCUCCUGGCCCUGGUUAAAAGUAAGGACCUCUUUCUUACCAGCCUCAAGCCGUCAACUAGACCUUGGUAAUAGUAAUUAGGGCUGAAUCCUAACUCCCACUUAAGUCUGUUUUAUGUCGAGGUCUUCCAUUGACAUCAAUGCAUGACUAAGUGAAAAUGUUUAAGUUAGGACUUGACGCUAACUCUUUAACAUAUCAUUAAUUAGCUUCAACUGCACAUUAGCUCUGCAAGUCUAUAAAGCUAACUUUUAGCACCACAGGUUGGUUAAUGUGCCAUAACCUCUUCCUAGUCUUUUACAGGAAUGCAAUCUGCUGUUAGGCUACCGUUGUUGAGGUUUGAAGUGCACCCCUCUAGGUAGGCCUCCUAAUAGGUUGUUUCUAUUGAACGUGCUGGUUUGCUUACAAUACAGUUAACAAUCUGCUAAAACUGUUACAUGUGCGUCACGUACAUAUCAUGUGGAAUAGGCAAGAGCACAAACAGAUUAACCAGAUUAACCUGAGUUAAGAUGUUGAGUGAUCCAGUUUAACGGAAUGGUAGAUUGGUAUAUUGACCUUCAAAUAGGACUUGAUAUGCUAUCGCCACGCACCACUCCUGUUACUCUACCGUCCGGCUAUUUAGAAAUACAUGCAAGGGGGAAUGCACCCGAUUCCUCUUGUUACAUUAUUCCUGCCAAAUUAGAUCCUGGAUAAUAAGGGAAAUUUCUAACAUGCGUCAUGUAAACAACAUAUAGAAAUAAACAUGUAAAGUGUGCAUGUUCAGUGCUACAUAUUUUCCUAUUUGUUUUGUGUGUUUGUUUUGUUGAAGUUGAGAUCUUGUUGUUUUCUUUUUAUAUAUAUAUAUAUGUACUGUAUGCAUUGUUUUAUCAGACCCUUUCUUGAGAGAAUUGAGUAUGGUAAACUGUACAGUGCAUUUCCUCCAACUGCAAGUCUAAUCAUCCCUGUCAUUUUCUCUCUGUUUUAGUAAAAGGGCUUGGGUGCUCGGGGGAAAUAACAAAACAAGUAAUGGUACUACUAGGUUUCCAUCCAAUUGGCGACAGAUUUUCAUGCGAAUAUUCUAAAAUCUACAUAAAGAAAAUAUGCGCAUUUUUCCACCAGUGGUGUGUUUCCACCAAACGGACUUGUUGCGGAUAAAAAUCAGUGCAUGAUGACAUAGAGCACACAAAAUGUACUUUUUCACUUAAGUUUUCACGUACCAAAUAAAAAUCUAAAGUUCAGUGUGUUUCCAUUCCAUUUUCAACUCUACCAAUAGUUUUGCUAUAAAAAAACUGUUGGGUAAAAUAGCAAAUGUGCCUACUCUGGUCUUGGUACAUGUGCUCUAGCCAACAGCUCGCAGAUACAAUGAGGAUAGGCUCGUUUACAUAAUGAGAUUAUUAUGGAUAAGGGCGAGAAAAUGUGUAUUUUUCAAACGGCAGCCAAGCAUGGAUCAACAUGUCACCAGAAUCAGACCCUGGAGAUUUAUUGGAAAGGAGCAUCAAGAUCACUGUGCACUUUCACCACCCUGUGAAGGUCAUCAGAAGUUAGGCCUAUUUCAUCUGUAGCCUAAUAAACUGCUUAUCAUUGCGUGACUCAAGGUUUACUUCGAUAUGAUUAUUAUAUGAAUAUUUACCUUUAAAGGCGUUUCCACUGCCAUUUCUCGCAUAAUUGAUAAAAAAAUUACCAACACAGAAAGAUCCCCACCCCGUCGAACAAACACAUUAUCUUUCGGCAUUUAUAAAAUUGUACCGAAACUUCCUGUUUCCAUCACAGAUGUUGUGAUUUAAAAAAAAUUAUACGAUAUGACUUUACUCACAUAAAAACUGGGGAUGGAAACGUUUAUAUUAUUUUUGACCUCAGACAUACUUUGAAACCUCAAAGGUACAAUAUCAAAGCAUUCUGAAUUAGGAGUAUAACUUGGGAAGUAAAUGAUCAUAGUAAAAGACUCCAAAGCAAGAUGUUUUAGUUUAGUAAAGAUGGAGAUACUUAGGAUAUCCCAGCAAUCAUUUGGGUUUUAAAUGCAUCUUUCAACACUUAAGUUUCUCUUUUGUAGUGCCAUAAUUUGUUUUACUACAGGUUCCUUGUGUGUACUGCAAGAGUUUGCUAGUAGUGCCUUUUCAGUCAUAGAAAAACCCUCUCUAAAUCAACUCUUAUAUCAUUUAAUUAAGAUUGCCACGUUUUGUUUUCUCAAACCUCCUUGAAUAUACAUUUGUUUGGCUUUUUUACAUGUGCACAUAUUUUUCUCAUCCAAGUUCUUUGAACUUUUUAUAUGAAUUUGACAUGUGCCUUUUCUACUACAUAACCUGCUGAGCAAUUGUUUCCAACAUUUAGUAUCACUGAUAUGAGUAUGAAACUCAAUAUUGCAGUUCAUUGUCACUUUUUGGUACACAGCUGCCACUUAUUUGUUCUGAUGUGGAUUUAAAAACAGGGAAUAACACAAAUGUAGUUUUGCUUUGUUUGACUGGAUAUUGUUGUACUGUGUAGAAUUGCUUGAAUGGGGUUAGGCCCAUUUUAAGUGCAUUAAUCUACAAACGGGAUUGUUUUCAAAUUGUCAAAUGUAUUCUUGCCGAUUAUGAGCGUGCAAUCCUUGUUGUAACCUACCCAAAUUGCAUUGAUUACAAUAAAGGGACACAUUGGAAACAAUCAGUUUAAAUAAUAAACUUCACACAGUGUUAUGUUGCUAAAUGUCCCAAGGAAGGGGAAUCUGUAUAAUUGAGGUCUGGACACAUGAAAGGAAGAUAAAACCCAGAUAUUAGCUACAACUUAUCUUAUUGCUUUUGAGAAACUCUGCUUAUCAACCUAUGGAUUCCUGGUGUUUUAUCGUGUUGAUGCUGGAUAAGUAGCGUUCUUUAGAAAGCGAAGGGAAAUAAAUAGUUGAAUUUAAGGCUAACUCUUAUAGAGGUGUUGGAGCUCAAAUCUUAUGCCCAAUUCAGUCCGAACCGUACUGUGAUGAUGGCUCUAUUUUCAUUUCACACUGCAACUGUGGUGAAUGUGUUACCGAACCAGCUCAGUACAGCUCGGUUGGGCUCAGUAGUGUGAAAAAGGUAUUGUGUUCCCUACUU